GUGAGGUAUUUACUAACUUUAGGUGGAGUCACUCAAACUUCCGGAUCGGGGCCUCCAUACCAGAGCAGUCCAUACGGCUUUAUCCUUUUCGACUGUAUACUUUCUUUGUCUCCCCACUCAUUAUUUCUUUAUUGACAAAAGUUGGAAAAAUAUAUAACAUUUGACGUAUGUCCGUAUCUCGAGGCUUGACGAUGUUCCUGUAUCUUCCGAUAUAGCCUUUUAAACUUGUUUAAUUCCUACUCUUUUUUGAUCCGCUUAUCCUCAACGAUUUCUCAUAUAAAUAGUGAUCAAGGUUCUUCUAUUCCAAAAAAUAGAUGAUUGCAUAUCACAUAUGGUACAUUGUUCUGUGUUCUUUCUUAGAAAUUAAUGAAUAAAUAAUUGAAAGAACUAUGGGAAUCGCUGAAAAGUGCAACAAAGUACUAAGAGCAAUAUAAAUUCUAACAACUAAUAAAAUUUUAGUGAAGAAUAAAAAAAUUAACAUGGUUUUACCAUCGGAAGAUGUUCCAUGGGGAAUCAAAUUAAUCUAUUGGAUCAACAAAAAAUGCUGCCGAUAUCGAAGAGUGAAUAAAUUGGCAUGGCAUCGUGGAGGCGUCCUGGCACUCACGUACAUGUCAUAUACGUGCUACCAUAUGUCAAGAAAACCGAUUUCGGUAGUCAAAAAUGUGUUAAAUCUGAAUUGCAGUACAUUGUCACCUCCAUCUGAUAUUAUAAUCGAUGACAACAAUAAGGAUACUUGGUGUGAUUGGGCACCAUUUGAUACCCCUGACGCAACUGCUUUGCUUGGAACUCUGGACUCAGCGUUUUUAUUCGCCUAUGCUGCAGCCAUGUUCCUCAGUGGAUUCGUAGCUGAAAGAGUGAAUCUCAGGUACUUUUUAUCUCUGGGCAUGCUAUUAUCGGGGAUAAGCAGCUAUUUAUUGGGAAUUUCUAAGCCAUACGACAUCCACAAUCUCGGGUAUUUCAUUCUGAUCCAGGCAAUGGGUGGAGUUUUCCAAACGACAGGAUGGCCUGGAGUGGUAACAGUUAUUGGUAAUUGGUUCGAAAAAGGAAAGAGAGGUCUAAUAUUCGGCGUUUGGAACUCCCAUACAUCGUUGGGAAAUAUUCUAGGGAGUUUGAUAGCAGCUGCAUAUGUGGAAACAAAUUGGGGACUAAGUUUUAUCAUUCCUGGUAUUGUAAUGGGUAUAGCUGGUUUUAUAAUAUUUUUAUUCUUGACACCACAUCCCCAAGAUGUGGAUUGCCUCAUACCAAGUCAGCCUAGGUACAAAAAAUUGAACGCAACUAGUUCAGACGAAGGUACAUCUAGUGAAGAUAAUGAUAUCCAACGCGUAGAAGACCAGAUCACGCAUCGCUGUAGCUGGCAUCAGCAUGUUAACCAUCUUGACACUCCUAAUUUACAAUCGGAAACGAGUCCUAUGCUGCCAGGGAACCGACGUGGUCACAGUUUUGGGAAUGAGCGAGCAAUUGGAUUUGUCGGAGCAAUGAAAAUUCCUGGGGUAGUGGAAUACUCGUGUUCAUUAUUCUUUUCAAAACUCGUGAGCUACACAUUUUUAUACUGGCUGCCACUCUACAUUAGUGCUUCAACAACUUAUAGUCCAACUUUGAGUGCUGAUUUAUCAACUUUAUUUGAUGUGGGAGGUAUUGCUGGGGCUAUAGCAGCUGGAAUUCUAUCUGACUACACAGGAAUGAGUGCAGUUACUUGUUCUGGUAUGCUCGUUCUCGCUGUACCCAUGCUUUUUAUUUACGACUGCAGCGGAAAUAUCAAUUUGGGAACAAACGUAGUAUUACUGAUGGUUACUGGAGUCCUUGUAAACGGUCCAUAUGCCUUAAUAACAACAGCUGUAUCUGCUGAACUAGGGACGCAUCCAAGUUUGGGUAACGAUUCAAAGGCCCUCGCAACGGUGACUGCUAUUAUUGAUGGGACUGGUAGUAUUGGUGCUGCCGUCGGUCCACUGUUGGCUGGGUUAGUCUCACGAUGGAUGGGCUGGCAUAAUGUAUUUUAUAUGUUAAUGGCCGCCGAUGUAUUAGCCCUAUUAUUCUUGACCAGACUUACAUACAGAGAUCUAUGUGUAUUUAGGCAAAGACGGCUGGCCGUGUAGAAAAUAUGGAAAAUCAGAUUCGUAAUUUAAUUCGUUAAUUUCCUUCUAUACUCUUUUAUGCCUUACCCUUAAGAUAUAAAGUGAUAACACAAUUGAGGAGCAAUAAAUGAAUGUAUUAUGUAAUAAAUAUUUUUCUACAGAAAAA